ACUUAGUACCACACGUUGUAUGCUGGGCGCGCGCGUGCACCAAAACUGCGUGCGCGCGCGUGCAAACAAAAUCACGCGCGCGAAAUAUGCAAUUGUGAUGUAAUAAUUGGAAUAGAACUGUUUGCUAACGAGUUAGCUGAGCGUUAAUUACUUUGUUGAGCACUAAAGAUCUUCAAUGUCUGCCAUAACGCGCUUUUUCUCCCAUGUUAUGUCCAAACAAUCUUUCAACGCACGGUUUUUGCGACAAAAUGGUUACGAACUUCUGGACGAUGAGCCUCUUGGAGAGGGCUCCUACGCAAAAGUUAGAAGAGCAUAUUCAAGAAAAAUGAAGCUUCAUGUAGCCAUUAAGAUACUCGACCGUAGAAAGGCUCCUGACGACUUUUUAAAGAGAUUUCUUCCUCGGGAAUUGAGCGUUAUCCAACUGCUAGAACAUCCACACAUCAUUCGUCUGUACGAAGUAUUGGACACCGGUGACAGAGUAUUUGUGGUGAUGGAUAUUGCAACUGGGGGCGACUUGCUGGAUUACAUAAAGACAAAAGGAUUCGUAAAAGAAAACCUGAGCAGGAGAGUCUUCACGCAGAUGUUGCAAGCUGUUAAGCAUUGCCAUGAAAAUGGAGUCGUGCACCGCGACUUAAAAUGCGAGAACAUUUUAUUGGACGACAGAGCUAAUGUGAAGAUCACAGACUUUGGUUUUUCCAAGCAGUUUAACAAGUCAGAGUUUUGCAAGACUUUUUGUGGCUCGGCGGCAUAUGCAGCCUAUGAGAUUCUUAAAGGUAUUCCGUACGAUGGUGAAAAAGCUGAUGUGUGGAGUAUGGGCGUGGUCCUUUACACCAUGGUGACGGGCCGGAUGCCCUUUGAUGACAGUGACAUGAAGGUGUUACUGGGGCAGAUUACGCGAGGCGUGAGCUUCAGCAAACCGAAGCAACAGAUUUCAGACGACUGCAAGGAUCUCAUUCGUAGGAUGCUGAACUUAGAUUUCACGAAGAGAAUAAGCAUUGAAGAUAUCAAAUGUCAUCGAUGGCUCGCGGGUUCUUCAUCCACACAGCGCUCUGGAAGUAGCCAUUCGGGACUGGCAUGUUCUUCAUCAACUACAGUGGACGAUUGUUGAUGCAUAAAUCAAUCGCGCAAUUUACUAGAUAAAUGUUGUGUUGUUUUUUUUUUCGUUUGAUAGAGUAGGGUACAUGAA